UCUUUCAGCCACAUUAACAUUGCUUGGCCACACACAAAGUAGCUGGUGAAAGUGACGUACAUUUGCGUAGGGCAACAGGACAGUGAAUGAAAAUCAGCAGGAAGAAAACCGCAAACGAACCGCACGAGUAGAGUGUGCCGAAUCCGUGGAUGUAGUAGUAGUUGUAGAAGAAGAAGAAGUACAACCGCAGAAGUAAGCGCACGCACGCACGCACGUACCCACACACACAGCAACACACUAGGACGCAACAUAAUAAACGAAAUUCCAGGAACAUGUUGGCCACCGCCGCUACCACCGCCACAGCAGCCACAUCCACAAAAGUGACAAUGCUGGCUAACAUUGGUACAAUAAAGGCAUCGACCAGCAUGCUGAUGACAACAACAAAAACAAAUGAUGCAACGACAAAAACAACAACAGUUGCUAAAAUAGCGCCACAAAACGACACAACAGCCACGGCAACGAUGCCAUCAAUAACAACAGUGACAGCAACAGCAACAGCUAUGCCAACAACAACACCAGUAACUAGAACAAUAAUAAAGAUUACCUCAGAUCCGGGCAUUUUGUGCUUUCAUCAUUGCAACGUAAAAGUUUUCUGCCUUCAUUUGCCACACCGCUGCCCCAAAUGCAAACAAGUAUUAGACACUGACGAUGAUGUUGGCGGCAAUGGCGAUGUCGGCGAUGACGAUGAAGACGAAGGUGAGGACGACGGCGACGGUGGCGACGACGACGCCUAUGACGACAACGAUGCUGGUGGUGGUGGUGGUAAUGAAAUGGGCAGCAAUGGUUGCAACAGCACUGCUGGUGCUGGUCGACCGUUGGGCGGUGGUAUCGUUGGCUCUACACGUUUGCUGCCCUUUCGGUUGCCUUAUCCGUUCAUACGUGCCUCGCAGUAUCCCUGUGCGAUUGUUUUGCGUCCAACCACAGGCGAUUUUCUCAACGAUUACAACAACUCAACCGAUUUGCAUAUUGCCGUGACGACCUCAACGGGCUGCGUUGUGGAAUUCGAUCGGCAUGGUUUGCGGCGACAUCGUGCCGAUAAUACUCGCACGACCGAAUGGUGGCAAUGUCUGUUGGUCGGCGACGUCCCCGAGCCAUGGUAUGACUAUUGGGACGAGAUAUUGCAGCAGAUAUGCAAUCAGCCUGAUCGCUGGACCGUCGCCCAUUACCAGGAGGAUAGCCACAAUUGUUACACAUUCGUAUUGGCAUUUCUGCAGGCGCUCGCCUAUGAUAAGCUCAGUGCAGCUGCACGUUCCAAAACGAGCUUCUGUGAGAAAUAUAUAGUUCCUAGAACCACAACAGCUGGCAAGUAUAUAUCCUUGUAUCGCAAGUUGCGGGAUAUGGGCAUUUAUGUGCAUCCGCAUCAUCAACACCAAAGGCAUGCUGUGCUCAUGAAGCAGCAACAAAAGCAACAACAACAGAUACACUAUCACAGCCUACAACAAUCGAAGCAUCAGCAGCCGCACCAGGCGCAGCAGCAACAACUAAAGUCGGCACGUGACAAGUUGCGUCUAAAUGGGCAUAUUACGGGAAGUUCAACAUCCUCGCUGUUGGCUAAUGGUGGCAAGGCAACCAGCAUCAUUUUACGUGCACCUAAUCUCUGCACCAUCGAAGAGUGAUGCAUACGGUUCGCCAUUUCGUUGGUCAUUCACGCAAUCAAACAUUCAUUUAAGUACUUAGUGGGUCAGCCCAGCAGAUAUGCAACAAUGUGUUAACCAAUUAAUUGAAAAGGCAGCAUUUAUGUAGAGCACACAACUACCACAAACACUACUACAUACAAAUAUGUAAGCAAUCAGCGAGAAUAGCUGCUAAGGACCACAAGUAUGCACGAAUUUGUGUAGUCAAGUGUAACAAGCCUUUCCUGCCAGACAGUAGCCCAAUUGCCCAAGUGCCCAUUGCCAGCCAAAAGCCAACAAAAAAAGCCAAUGUUCCUCAAUAAUGCAUUCUUUGUUCACCUUUGUGAUUACACUUUAUUGAACUUUGAAAGGAUAUUGUAUUUCUUUAGAAAUUUCUUCCAACUUACUUUUAGCGAAUAUUUAAAACACUAUUGUGUUUUAACAAAGCACUCUCUUUUAGCUUGGUGAAAAAAUGUUUUUCCUUCCACUCUGGUCUCUUUAUUCUUAAAAAUAUU